CCCGAUAUAAAAGAAAGCGUCGCUAGCAACGCACAGUCUGAUCAUCGUCUCCGCAACAUCAUUACGUUCAGUGAGAAAGGCUGUCUUAAUUCUUCACGAUGCGUGAGUGUAUCUCCAUCCAUGUCGGCCAAGCCGGGGUCCAGAUCGGUAAUGCCUGUUGGGAGCUGUACUGUCUGGAGCACGGUAUCCAGCCCGACGGUCAGAUGCCAAGUGACAAGACUAUCGGAGGUGGAGAUGAUUCCUUUAACACAUUCUUCAGUGAAACUGGAGCCGGGAAACAUGUACCUAGAGCUGUUUUUGUGGACCUGGAACCAACAGUAGUCGACGAGGUUCGUACCGGCACCUACCGUCAGCUGUUCCACCCCGAACAGCUCAUUACUGGAAAGGAGGACGCCGCCAACAACUAUGCUCGUGGUCACUACACCAUUGGCAAAGAGAUCAUCGACUUGGUUCUCGACAGAAUCCGUAAACUUGCUGAUCAAUGUACUGGUCUUCAAGGCUUCCUGAUCUUCCACUCUUUCGGUGGCGGUACUGGUUCUGGAUUCGCCUCUCUUCUCAUGGAACGCCUCUCCGUCGACUACGGAAAGAAAUCUAAACUGGAAUUCGCCAUUUACCCCGCUCCACAGGUGUCUACGGCAGUCGUUGAACCAUACAAUUCCAUCCUUACCACCCAUACAACUCUAGAGCACUCUGAUUGCGCCUUCAUGGUUGAUAACGAGGCUAUCUACGACAUCUGUCGCCGUAAUUUGGACAUCGAUAGACCAACGUAUACCAAUUUGAAUAGACUUAUUGGCCAAAUUGUAUCCUCCAUAACAGCCUCUCUGAGGUUUGAUGGCGCCCUCAACGUCGACUUGACCGAGUUCCAGACCAACUUGGUACCUUAUCCACGUAUCCAUUUUCCUCUUGUUACAUACGCCCCUGUCAUCUCCGCUGAGAAGGCCUACCAUGAACAACUAUCCGUGUCUGAAAUCACGAACGCAUGUUUCGAGCCAGCUAACCAGAUGGUAAAGUGUGAUCCUCGUCAUGGCAAGUACAUGGCCUGUUGUAUGUUGUACAGAGGUGAUGUUGUCCCCAAGGACGUCAAUGCCUCCAUUGCUACCAUCAAAACAAAGAGAACCAUUCAGUUUGUUGACUGGUGUCCAACAGGAUUCAAGGUCGGCAUCAACUACCAGCCACCAACUGUCGUACCUGGAGGUGAUCUUGCCAAGGUCCAGCGUGCUGUAUGCAUGUUGAGCAACACAACAGCUAUCGCUGAAGCCUGGGCCCGUCUUGACCACAAGUUUGACUUGAUGUAUGCUAAGAGAGCGUUUGUCCACUGGUACGUUGGUGAGGGUAUGGAAGAGGGAGAGUUCUCCGAGGCUCGUGAAGAUUUGGCUGCUCUUGAGAAGGACUACGAAGAGGUCGGAGUUGAUUCUAUAGAGGGUGAGGGUGAAGAAGAAGAUGAAGGCCAAACGUGCUAACGUUUGCAAACAUUUUGUCUGUUUAAAAUUACUAGAUUACUCUGUUUAUUUUUCUUUUUGCUUCACACCGGUAACUGAAAAUCAUGACUAUAAAUGAUCAUUUGGCUGAUUGUUAUAAAAUAAAUUUGUCACAAAGCGAAAUGGGACAUACAUGUACGUAGUUAUCGUUAUAUACUUGGCAUUUGCCGUUGGUUACUUAAAACACACCCAUUAAACUUUCAUAUUCAACGGUGUAACGUCAGGACGAAUUAUAAACAGCUGAAUAUGGUGCCUGUCUAGUGAAUCAAAGUUAGAAACAGGGAAAUAACAUAGAGUAUUCAUAGCACGAUAAUUGUCCAACAGAUGACAGAUUACAGUAGAUAAAAAUCAUUUCAAGAUGCUUUAAAACUGGUAAAAGCAGAUGUAUUUAUUUAUAUUUCAUGCGAACUAAUUAAAUAUAUAUGGCAUGACUACUAAAAGUAAAGGAUUUACGCUGUGUUAUCAGUCAAUAUCAAGUGACAGUGGUCACGUGGUUCGUGAUGGUAUGUGUGCUCACAUGUGGCUUUCACAUUUUCCGCUGUGAACGUAAAAUAUAUUAAUUUCUUUAAUUUGGUAUUUUUUCUCUCUAAUAUUUGUUGAAGGUUUGAAUUUUGAUGAAUACAGUUGAAAAGUUUAA